AUGGGUUCUGCUGUGGAGAGAACAGAUGAACAUGUGAGGGAAUAUCUGAUAUACCGUGGCUUCACCAACACUUUGAAACACCUGGACAGUGAGAUAAAAGCAGACAAGGAGAAAGGUUUCAGGGUGGAUAAGAUUAUUGAUCAGCUGCUGCAGUUCAUCCAGAGUUUUGAUCUAUCAGGGCUUAAGGACUACUGGCUCUAUUUGGACAGACGCCUUUUCUGCAGACUAGAGGAUGUUUACCGGCCCACUGUGAACAAACUAAGAGCAAGCCUUUAUAGAUACUACGUUAUAAACACCAUCCAGAAAGGAAAUUUGGAGAAGACUCAGGAGUUUUUCCAGAAGCAGGCUAUGGAGCUGCAAGGUCAGCCAGAGUGGCGGGAUUGGUUUAUCCUGCCCUUUAUUCCUGCACCUGAGCAGAACCAGGCCUUCGCUCCAUAUUUCUCCCGCCAGUGGUCCGACACGUUCCUUGUUUCACUACACAACUUCCUAUCUGUGCUCUUCCAGUGUAUGCCCCAACCAGUGCUACUGAGUUUUGAUGCUGAAGUCCAGAGGACAACCAGCCUGACUGAGGAGAAUGAGCAGCUGCGUCAGCUGCUCUUCGCCUUGCAAACAGAAAGUCGAGACCAAAAAGAUGGCGAUGAGGUGGUCCAUCACAAGCUGCCGCCGUAUGUUCAGAACAUGGACCGACUGGGAGAUACUGAGCUUGACUUAGUGUCAAGCCAGCGGGCAGUCAGUGUUACCACCACACCAUCCAGGAACUUCUUCUCAACAUUCCUACCACAAGGUCGGCGUACCCCUGGAGGGAAAACACAGCAGGUAACCUCGGUGUCUUCGCCAAAUCAGGCGGCAGUCGGCAGAAAGGACCAAGCAAAUAGCCAGUCUUCAAAGUCAAAAGAUCCAGUCCAAGUGAAGGAAAUUAAACCUGCUUCCAAUCAUGCAUCAACAAGUGAACUGCCUAGUUCUCAAUCACAUCUUUCAAACCAGCAGACAAAUCAACCAUCGCAUAUCAGACAUAAGAAAAUUCAGGCUCAUGAAAAAGAGCGGAAGGAGCUCUUCUCAAAACCAUCACCACAGUUCCAAGAGAAAAAAGUUGAAGUUGGAGAGGUGGAACCUCCCAACGAGAGCCCUAGUGACGCUCCUAAUUCUUCCUCCUCAAACUUCAGUGUCAGAGUAGAACAAGCAGGGCAAACAGCAGAACAGCCAUUUAUCAAACUCAGCCAGGAGGAAUACGGAGAACAUCAUUCUUCCAUUAUGCACUGCAGGGUUGACUGUUCCGGUCGCAGAGUUGCCAGUUUGGAUGUUGAUGGUGUUAUUAAGGUAUGGUCGUUCAAUCCCAUCAUGCAGACAAAAGCCACCAUCAUGUCCAAGUCUCCUCUGCUCUCCCUGGAGUGGGCCACAAAACCUGACAGAUUGUUGUUACUAGGCAGCGGCGUUGGCACAGUGCGACUGUAUGAUACAGAGGCGAAGAAGAAUCUAUAUGAGAUGAACAUUGAUGAAACUCAUCCACGUAUCUUGUCUUUGGCCUGCAGUCCCAGUGGUUCGUCCUUUGUGUGUUCAGCUGCUGCUGUCAGCCGAACGAUUGAGCCGGCUCGUCUCCCAAUGCAGGUGUCUGGUCAGCUGUUACUUUGGGACACCAAAACAGUGAAACAACAGCUCCAGUUUUCCUUAGAGCCUGAACCAGUGGCUAUUAACUGCACAGCCUUCAACCACAAUGGAAACUUGUUGGUCACCGGAGCAGCAGAUGGAGUCAUCAGACUCUUUGACAUGCAGCAGUAUGAGAGUGCUAUGAGCUGGAAGGCACAUGAUGGAGAGGUUUACAGUGUUGAGUUCAGCUCCGAUGAAAACACUGUCUUUAGCAUUGGAGGAGAUGGCAAGUUCAUCCAGUGGAACAUCCAUCGAUGUGGCGUAAAGCAGUCAGAGCAGGUUCUACCUCAGGAUGCCACUGGACCUUUUGUCCUGUCAGGAUACAGCGGCUAUAAACAGGUGCAGGUUCCCAGAGGUCGCCUCUUCACCUUUGACUCAGAAGGACAACAUGUCCUGACCUGUUCAAGUUCUGGAGGGAUCAUUUACAAACUUACUAAUGAAGAACCCACUCUGGAGAGCGUGCUGUCCCUGGGUGGACACAAAGCACCAGUGGUGACUGUUGACUGGUGCUCGGCAUUGGACUGUGGUACCUGUCUGACUGCCUCAAUGGACGGAAAAAUCAAGCUCAGCACACUCCUCGCGCAGAAGUCCUGA